UAUCUAUCUGUGUAAUUGUUUCUGUGUAUUCGCAAGAAAAUUAAAUUCAUUUAUUUUAAUCAAGUUACUCUUCAAAACAGUAAAAAAUCAGUGAGAGUAGCUUAAUCUGAAUUCCGUGGAUUUGAGUGGAAAUCCUCCAUUUUCGUAUUGAAAUCCUACUUCGAUUUGUGGCUAUUUUGGGGAUGCUGAUGAAGUGACCUGACUUGAAUUGACUGCAAUUUCCAGGGUUUCAUAUUACUGGAUGAAAAGGUUAUGACUUCAAUAGAAGAGGAGUGUACUCAGAAUGUCCGGUGACAAACGAAAAAUGGUGCCGCAGGGCCCUCCAGCCCCACUUGGUGGAGGCCAGCCAGUUCCGCCUUCUUUGCUAAGAGCAAAUUCGGGACUUUUGGGCAGUCAGGGGGGUGGCAGUGGCGGGCCUUCUCAAAAUGCAUUUCCAUCUCUGGUGUCUCCCCGAAAUCAGUUUAAUAACAUGAAUGUGAUUGGGAAUGCUCCCAAUGUAUCUUUGCACCGUCAGUCAUUUGGAAAUGGGGACCUGCGAUCUGCUCCUGGUAGCUCCCAGCAGAGAGGGCUUAUGGAUGGCGCGGCAGAGUCUAAUCCACUUUCUGGCAUUGGAAAUGGGAUGGGAUAUAACCAGCCUUCCUCAUCUUAUAUGUCUUCACCUAUGACAUCGAACCUAAAUUCAUCUGGUCAAGUUCAAGGCCAGCAGCAGUUCUCAAAUAAUUCAAGCAGCCAAAUGCUGACAGACCAGCAACAUGAUGCUCAGAAUUUUCAACAUAAUCAGCAGCAGAUGCAGCAGUUUUCUGCUCAGAGCAAUACCCAACAACAGCCACAGCAGCAGCAAUAUCAAGGAAUGCGAGCUGGAUCAGGAGGCGUGGGGCAUCUUAAGCUGGAGCCGCAAGUAAGUAAUGAGCAAGCACCACAGCAGCUGCAAGCUUUGCGUAACCUUGGUCCUGUGAAAUUAGAAUCUCUACAACUACAAAAUAUGAGAGGCUUGGGUCCUAUCAAGAUGGAAUCUCAACAGUCCGACUCAUCUCUGUUUAUGCAUCAGCAACAACAGCAGCACCUCCUCAUGUCAAGACAGUCCUAUCAGGCAGCUGCGGCUGCACAGAUUUUGCAUCAGCAGAGGCUUUUACAAAUUCAGCAACAGCAACUAUUAACAUCCAUGCCUCAACAAAGAUCCCAGCUAAUAUCUCAGUUUCAAAACCAGAAUUUGCCUAUUAGGCCUCCUUUAAAACCCAGUUAUGAGCCUGGAAGGUGUGCCCAAAGGCUAACUGAUUACAUGUACCAGCAACAACAUAGACCUGAAGAUAACAGUAUUGAGUUCUGGAGGAAAUUCGUAGGUGAAUUUUUUGUGCCUAAUGCCAAGAAAAAAUGGUGUGUCUCGAUGUAUGGAAGUGGUCGUCAAGGAGUUUUUCCCCAGGAUGUUUGGCAUUGUGAAAUCUGCAACCGCAAGCCUGGCCGUGGAUUUGAGGCAACUGCUGAGGUGCUGCCCAGACUCUUCAAAAUAAAAUAUGAAAGUGGUACUUUAGAAGAACUGCUCUAUGUUGACAUGCCCCAGGAGUAUCAGAAUUCAUCUGGCCAAAUUGUUCUGGAUUAUGCAAAAGCAACACAGGAAAGCGUCUUUGAGCAACUUCGUGUUGUCCGGGACGGUCAGCUUCGAAUUAUUUUCUCUCCCAACCUUAAGAUAUGCUCGUGGGAAUUUUGUGCUCGACGUCAUGAAGAGCUUAUUCCUAGAAGAUUGUUGAUUCCCCAGGUUGGUCAACUUGGUGCAGCUGCCCAAAAAUGCCAGGCUGCUACCUCAACUGCAUCUCCCAGUGCAUCUGUUUCUGAGAUACAAAAUAACUGCAAUAUGUUUGUUGCGUCAGCUCGCCAGCUUGCUAAAGCAUUGGAAGUUCCAUUAGUAAACGAUUUAGGAUAUACCAAGAGAUAUGUGCGGUGCCUGCAGAUAUCAGAAGUGGUGAAUAGCAUGAAAGAUCUUAUUGAUUAUGGCCGCCAAAAUGGAACAGGUCCUAUGGAGAGCUUGACCAAAUUUCCUCAAAUAACAAAACCUGGGUUUCAAGGGCAACCUCAGCGAAAUGAUGGUCAGCAGCAGCAGCAACAGCAAACAAUGGGCCAAAUUGCAAGCAAUCCUGCACAGGCUGCUGUUAUGCAACUUGCUGCUGCUAGUAAUGGCAUGCAGAGUGUGAGCAACAAUACAAACACAGGGCCCACAACUUCAUCUACUAGCAACAUUGCCAUGCUGCUCCACCAGAAUUCGAUCAACUCCCGUCAUCAAAACCCUAUUUCAAAUUCAAACAGUCCAUACGGAGGAGGUAACAACGUCCAGAUGCCAUCCCCUGGCUCUUCAAGCGCUAUGCCGCAAACUCAAUCUGCUCCUUCCCCUUUCCAAUCCCCCGCGCCAUCAUCUUCUAAUAACCCACAACCAUCUCCAUAUGGUGGUUUAUCAAGAGCUCCUGCAAACUCCUUAAAUCCACCAAAUGUUUCGAUGCAACAACCUUCUAUAUCUGGUGAUGCAGAUAUGCAUGAUUCACAAAGCUCAGUACAAAAAAUUAUAAAUGACAUGAUGAUUUCUUCACAGCUUGGAGGGGCUGGCAUGAUGGGCGCUGGGGCAAUGAGCGCUGACUUAAAAAAUGUUAAUGGAAUGCUGUCGCCAAACAACACUGCUGCUAUGAAUGGAACCAAUUGUUUGGCAGGUCAUGGAGUAGCAAAUGGAAACCCUUCGAUGAGUGGUUUGGGAUUUGGGAACCUCAGCAAUGGACACAGCCAAUCCACCCCAGCAAAUGGGGUCCUAUCAGCAGUUGGCAAUAACGCCCUGUCUAUGAACGGGAGAGCAGGUUUGGCGAUGGCACGGGAGCAGAGCUUGAGCCAACAACAGGAUUUAGGUAGCCAACUGCAUGAUGGUAUGGGGACAGUCAAUGGGUUCAAUGAUAUUCAGUUCGACUGGAAAUCAUCUCCCUGAUCGCUUCCUCAUUCAUCUGGUAUCAGCUGUUUGUGCAGCUUAAGAUCAGAAGUUGCCGUUAGUGUUUGGGACAGAUGCAUAUAAAAAGGAGAAACAAGUAAAGAUGAUUGGUUGUACUGAUUUAUGAGAAAGAUUCAGUACUAGUAUUACUUAUAACAUCAGCCUAUCUAUACUAAGCUGUAGUGAGCGGAAGGAACACUGAGACCUCGUAGCAGCUAUCCUCACAGCUCGUUGUGCUGUGCUGCGGCUUGUCGACCUACUCGUGGUUGUGAGUGUAUAUAGUUUGGAUUUCGAUUUAAUCAAAGAAGGUUAUUGUAGAAUUUUUCAUUGCAGUUUUUACCCCACAUUUUUCUCUACUGUUCUUUUAUUUAACUAGUUGCAUAAAAUGGUUAUGUUGUAGGUUAUUUGAGUUGUAAGUUGUUAGGCAACACCCACCUCCUACCCCCACCACAAAAAGUGAGUAAAAACGAUCACUUGUAUAGGGGCAAAGUUUUGGUGGGUGGUGCCUACGUUAUUCUUUUCACUUUAUUGGCUGCUCAUUAUUUAACUGGUGUUUUGGUUCU